AUGCCACCGGUGCAUUGCUAUUACCACGGAGAAGUGGAAGGAUAUAAGAAUUCACUUGUAGCAGCUAGCACAUGCUCUGGUCUCAGGUAUAAACAACUCUACUUCAUCUGGAGUCAGGCUAGUUUUUUCAGCGACAACAAUUUGGCUUUUGUCUCCACUGUGGUGGCCCAUGAGAUGGGCCAUAACCUGGGCAUGAAUCACGACACUGUGAACUGUCUCUGUAAUGGAACAAGUUGCAUCAUGUCAGGAAGUGCUAGUGGUGCCACCAGUUUUAGCCAGUGCAGUGCAUCAGACUUUGAAACACUGAUUUCAAGAGGAGGAGGCGUGUGUCUGACAAAUCAGCCCACUGCAUCAUAUGUGACUGAAUGUGGCAAUGGCCUACUGGAGAAUGGGGAGCAGUGUGACUGUGGCAGACCAGAGGAAUGCAAGAAUGAGUGCUGUGAUGCUGCCACAUGUAACUUUACUCGUGGGUCCAUGUGUGCUCAUGGAGCAUGUUGUGACAACUGUCAGAUCAUGGCUUUGGGAACACCAUGCAGAAAGUCUGCUAACACCUGUGAUCUUCCUGAAUAUUGUGAUGGCACAAAUGAAUUUUGUCCAAAUGACUUCUAUCUCAUGGAUGGCCUACCCUGUGAAAACAAUACUGCGUACUGCUAUGAAGGACGCUGCCAGACAUACGAUUAUCAGUGCAGACAUCAGUUCGCACCAGAUAAUGCAAUAAAAGCAGCAGAUAUUUGUUUCCAAGAUGCAAAUAUGCAGGGAGAUCGGUUUGGUAGCUGUGGAAUCAACAGCAAUGGAAACUACAUCAAAUGUACUUUAGCAAAUGCCAUGUGUGGAAAGGUGCAGUGCGCCAAUGUGGAUGUGUAUAACCCUCCUCCUGGUGUCACAGUCAGUAUCAAAAUAGUUGCUGGGAAGACUUGUGUUAAUGCAGACUUCAACCUUGGUACCGAUGUGGUAGAUCCAGCCUAUGUUAACCCUGGCAGCCCUUGUGGUAAAGGAAAGGCCUGUCUGGACUUUCAGUGUGUGAAUGCCUCAGCUCUCCUGCCCAACCUGGACUGUGAUGCAAAUACCACCUGCAAUAGCCAAGGGGUAUGUAAUGAUCAAGGGCACUGCCACUGUGAAGAUGGCUGGGCCCCACCUAAUUGUGACAAGUCAGGGCACGGUGGCAGCAUAGACAGUGGUCCUGCUCAGGUAGACUGCUCUUUCAGGAACAGCCUCCUGGUCUUCUUCCUGUUGGUGGUUCAUCCUCUGGUCUUUCUCAUUCUGGUGUCGCUCUACAUUUUGAGACACACUGUAAAUAUCUUAAUCAUCUCGACAGAGAAAGGAAACACUGCCUUUUUUGUUGUUAUUUAA